UUUCGUGUUCAAAGUGAAAGUAGACAAAAGCUGAAGCAGAUUAACACAACAUAUGUAUUCCAGGAACCAAAAUGGAUAUGUUUACAAUAAUAGUAUAGCUUAUUGAAAAAGGCUCUUGGAAACAACAUGAAGAAGAAUCAAAAUGUGAAAAUAAAAGGAGAGAAAGUUACACUAAUUCCAUACGAAGCUCAUCAUGUACCAAAGUAUCAUUCUUGGAUGCAAAGUAAAGAAUUGCAAGAACUAACUGCAUCAGAACCAUUGUCAUUGGAAGAGGAAUAUGAUAUGCAGAGAAGCUGGCGAGAGGAUAAAAAGAAAUGCACCUUUAUAGUUCUUCAAAAUGUAGGUGUUGAUGAAGAACAAGAUGAAACAGGACAAAUGAUUGGUGAUGUUAAUAUUUUCUUCAAUGAAGAGGAAGAUUUACACUGUGGGGAAAUAGAAAUUAUGAUUGCAGAAUCACGGGCGAGAGGUAAAGGUUGUGGGAAGGAGGCAUUGUUUACAAUGAUGAGAUAUGGAAUUGAAGAACUAGACAUGAAGAGAUUUACAGCAAAAAUUGGCAUGGACAACACACCUAGUUUGUCCAUGUUUAAAAGUAUAGGUUUCAGUGAGAUUUCCAAGAGUGAAGUGUUCAACGAAAUUACUCUAGAACUAAGUGUUCAUGAUGACUUUAUGAAACAUUUGCAUGACAGAACGAAAUUAUUCCAAAUCUUAAACUACAGAUAACGCUAAAUAAAGCAUGAUGUGGAUAUAGCUUUGCCAAGAAAGAAUGUUAAUAGGAUCGUGUUUUUACAAAUUUCUGCAAAAGUAUACACCUUUUGUUUAUUUGACAAUUCAUCAACAAUAAAAUAUACAGAUGUACAAGGGGGAAAAGUAUGAAAAGACGAUUGGUACAUGUAUUAAAAAUCUCAGGAUUAGAUAAUUGCAAAGAACCUAUUUUAUUGAAUACCUUAGUUAAUUUUUACCAGCACAAAAGGAACAAAAAUUGUAAUACAAUAACAUUGUGUUUGAAUGGCUUAGAGAUGAACAUUUAUAUGAAGUAAAUUUAUUUUAUAACCGA